AUGCAGCUCCACGCCUUCUUCUCGCUUCUGCUUUUCACAUCCUGGGCAUAUUGUGCCAAUGAGACUUAUGACUACAUUGUUGUCGGGUCAGGGCCAGGUGGAGGUACAGUAGCAACACAAUUGGCCAAAGGGGGCGAGUCUGUACUUCUGCUGGAAGCUGGCGAUGAUCAAGGGGAAAACCUCAACCAGAAGGUUCCUGGCUUCUUUCCUCUCGCCAGCAAUGAUCCUACAUUUCGGUGGGACUUUUUCGUCAAGUAUCAUUCCGAUGAUGCUACUACCCGAAAGUUCGAACAUCUCGUAUACAGAACUACCAAUGGGGGCUUCUACGUUGGAACAGAUCCACCAGCGAGUGCGAAGAUGCUAGGAGUCUACUAUCCUCGUACCGGAACUCUGGGAGGGUGCUCAACACAUAACGCCAUGUGCGCUACAAUUCCAAGCAAUCGGGAUUGGGAUGACAUCGCUACACUCAUGGGUGACGAUUCCUGGAGGUAAUUGUCCAACAGAAUCCUCUCAAUCAGGAUGCACUAACAAACUUUAGUGCAAAAGCAAUGCGCCAACACUACAUCAACCUCGAGAAUAAUCAUCUUGUCCCCAAAGGAACUCCUGGUCAUGGGUUUGAGGGCUUCCUCGAUAUCACUGUCAACAGUGAUGGUCUUUUGAAAAACCAGAGCAACGCACAAGUCGUUUUGAAGGAAACAGCCAGGCAACUGGGCCAAGAUCCAAGCAAGAUUUUCGAACUACUUCAGCGCGACCUCAAUAAUGAUGAUAAAGAUCGGGAUUAUCAGACCGGGCUCUUCGGCUUUCCGGCCCACAGAAGUCCAAGAGGAUUACGUGUGAGCGCAAGAGAUGCGGUCGUGGGCACCUUGAACGCGAAAAAAUACAAGUUGACGCUAGGAAUCCACUCAUUUGUCACCCAGAUUCUCUUUGAUACGAAAGGGAAGAAACCACGAGCAACUGGAGUAGAGUAUCUUGCAGGUCAAAGUGUUUAUGCUGCAGAUCCUCGAUUUAAGCCCAAUAACUCAGCAUCUGCAACAACCAAGAGAGCCUUCGCUAGGAAAGAAGUCAUCAUCGCAGGUUAGUCAACUAAAACUUCUGUGAAUAUAUGACCAUGUUCACUGACUUCAGCUAAGGCGGAGCUUUCAAUACACCUCAAAUUCUCAUGCUCAGUGGUAUCGGCCCCGAAGACCACCUUAAAAGUUUCGGCAUACCGGUCCUUGUUGAUCUUCCUGGCGUGGGUUCUCGUCUUCAAGAUAACACAGAAUAUGGUGUUGCAGCAACUGCUUCUCAGAACUUCACUUCCGUGGGCCCAAUUGCCACAUAUAACGCACCGGGAGACCCAGCUCUUGCCGCAUGGUAUGAAGGUCAAGGGCCAUACACUCAAGGACCUCUUGAUUCCAUCAUGUUCAAGAGUAGCGCCUCAGUAAAUGGCGAGAGGGAUAUUUUCUUCUUUGCCCUCGGGGGAAACUCCUUCCGCGGAUUUUGGCCGACAGAGACCGAGAAUCAAGUUCCAGCUGAUGGACCAGACAUUUUUGACUUUUCAAUGGUCAAAUUUAACCCUCAAAAUGACCUGGGAACAGUUCGACUUACUUCAAAGAGCCCAUUUGAUACCCCAGAUAUCAACUUCCGCUUCUUCGAGAAAGGUGGCGAUGUUGAUCUUCAAGCUCUUGCUGACGGGGUUGAAUUCGGUCGCAAAGUCUUUGAUUCUAUCGCUGCCCCGCUGGGUCCUUUCAAAGAGGUACUUCCUUGUAUUGGUGAGCGCAACUGUGAUGUCAAGGAGAAUAUAAGAACCCAAGCUUGGUCUCAUCAUGCCACGAGCAGCGCUGCUAUUGGAGCCGACAGUGAUCCUCUGGCUGUGUUAGAUUCGAAAUUUAGAGUGAGGGGUGUCGAUGGUUUGAGGGUUGUCGAUGCGUAAGUGUUAUGUCUUUUCUAGUUGCGGAUUUCAAUUCCAUGAAUACUGUUACUAACUCCUCUAGGUCCGCGUUUCCCAAAACACCUGGUGCAUUUCCAGUUAUCCCUACGUUCAUGCUGGGAAUGAAGGGUGCUGAGGAAAUCCUGAAAGACAAAUCCAAGUGGUAA